AUGAAGGCACAAGACCACACACACAAGGAGGCCUUGGCUGUGCUUCUUGACACACCCACCUUCGAAGAACGCAUCAAUGACUUUGUAUCACAGCUCACGUCAUUGUCGAAAUCAGCCAAGCCAGACGCCAGUCCAACGUCUGAUGCCCAGCUCCUGAGCCUGGGGCUUGCUGCUCUCGAAGCCUUCCUCCAGGCCAACGUCACGGGCCCAGUCCUCCCAGCAAAUCUUUCCAACAAGGUGGAUCAGCUAUUCCUGGACAGCUGGAGAUCAGUAUCUGAGGGAUCCGACCUGGACCGUCUGCGAAAGCAGUGCCUACAGGCACUUCAGGUCGACGGGGUGGCCCCCUAUGCCUACAUUCCCAACCUCGAACUGUUCGCUCUCGCACGAUACAUCAUCCAGACAUGCCUGUCGAAAUCAGAACAGGACACCGUCGAACUAUCAUCAGCGCAAAGUGGGACCACAAAGCACAGCAUCGUCUGGACGAGGCUUCGCUUGAACGCGUGGCACUACAAGCUCAUCACACAGCCAUCCCUAGGGCACGGGUCGAACUUUACCCGCAGUUCACAGUGGAGCGAGGUCCCAACUCUUGGUGGGAAAAUACUCGAGGGCAUUGAGGCGACAAGGAGGCAGGUCCUCAACGAGGAGAUUUGGGCCGAGGGCACGAAUGCUUGGGCCAACGAGGACCAGGUGCUGUUUCUUGUAGAAGCGGCCAACUACUACAUUCUCCUCGGACGAAACGAAUUGGCGAAAGACAUGCUCAGCAAAGCGGCCGCACAGAGUGGGCUUGAAUAUGCGCUCUCGGGUGCACUGGGUAAAAGGACAAAGUUUCAGGAGAAGAGCACCAGCCAGCUUGUUGUGCUUGCCAAGAGCAAGGACGCUGCCUCCUCAACGGACGUGGAAGAGGCAGCCAAGCCGGAAGCCCUGCAGCUCAACAAUGACACGCUUCUGGAGGAAAUCUCCUUCGAGAAGGAUAACCAGGACAGCGCCGCCAAGAUGGACAGCCUGUCGGCAUCCCUGGCUGCCUUGUCACCGGACGAUCAGCCUCAGCUCUCCCCCCUCGAUCAGAUUAUUCUCCUGACCGAGGCGACCAUGAAGGACGCGUUUUCGCCCGUGGACACUCUCACGUCCGAGGAGAUCCUCCCGUACGCCGUCCGCGUCUUGGCCGACAAGCCCACCAACUGGCAGAUCUACACACAGGCCCUCCUCGUGCGCUCGCGCAUCGAGGUCCACCGCAGCCGGACCCUCGAGCGCGGCGUCCUCCAGCUACAAGCCGUCGCCGACCAGGUCAUUGCCGAUACCACAUCGCGCGAAGCAUCGCAGAUACAACAACCAUCAGAGUCCGGCGAUGAGGUGCCGUCGAUCCAAGUCACACUCCCAGACCAGCAGCAACCUGCCGAAAAGGUGGCCACCUCCUUUUUGCCCGCACCGAAACCCUCCGAGUCGGCACCAGCACAUGUGCGUCUGCAAUACAUUCACGCCCUCUCAUCGCCUCCCCGAUGGCAUCUCGAAUCCGAGCUGGCGUACGCUUGGGCAGGCGUCGGCUCACUCGCCUCGGCACUCGAGAUCUUCAAGCGUCUACGUCUUUGGGCUGAGGUGGCCCUCUGUCUGGCCUCGCGCGGUGCCGCCGCCGAAGACGACACCGAGGGACGGGGUUCAGGCGGCGAGGCCAAGGCCAAGGGCAUCGUCCGCUGGCGACUCUUCCACCGCACAGACACGACAUCGCCCACCGACCCAGACGAAGAGACCAUUGAGGAUGUCGCUGCCCUCCAACCUUCCGCCUUCACGGGACCGGAGCGCGUGCCACCGGCCCCCGAUGCGCCCCGGCUGUGGUGCAUCCUCGGCGACCUCGAGUCGAAUCCAGACUUUUACCGCCGCGCCUGGGACAUCUCCCACCAUCACUACGCGCGCGCCCAGCGCUCCCUGGCCGAGCACCACACCUCCCACAAAGAUUGGCUGGCGGCGCGCGAGGCGUACAUCAAGGCCACGGCCGUCAACCGUCUCGACACGGACAUGUGGUCGCGCCUGGGCGACCUGAACCUGCGCCUGGGCCGCUUCGAAGACGCCGCCGAAUCAUAUACCCGCGCUAUCGGCGCGGCCACUGACCUCACCGGCGGCGAGGGCGCAAAGACGUGGAGCAACCUCGGCAGCGCCCUGUGGAGUCUCUACUGCGAGGUCAUCGCCAAAGACCCGUCGCCGGCCGCCACCAAGGACGAAGACGAGGAAGAAGACCAGACCCUCGCAAAGCUCGACUCCACCAUCCCAGCCAACGACCCGCCCGUGCUCCUCACAAAGGCCCUCGCAGCCUACAAGCGCGGCGCCUCCAUCGCCCACUCCAACUGGCGCAUCUGGGACAAUGUGCUCACCCUCGCCGCCCGUCUCCAGCCCCCCGCCGUGCCGGACAUGGUCCAGGCCCUGUCGAACAUUAUCCGCAUCCGCACGAGCGAGGACUGCAUUGACAGCGACAUUUUGACCCUCCUCCUCAAGGACGUCGUCCUCAGUGCCGAGAGACAGCCGGGCCGCGAGGUGGACGGCAUCUACGAACCACCCCGCGGAUCCAUGGAGCGGCUCGUCGCCCGUCUCAUUGAGGAGGAUAUUGUGCCCAUCAUCACGCAUCGCUCGGAUCUGUGGUCGCUGACGUCCCAGCUCCGUGCCUGGCGGCGCGAUUAUGUCGGUGCCGUCGAGGCCUCGGAGCGCGCAUGGCGGACGGCCACGACGGCGUCGUCUACCCUGACGCCGGGCGAGGCGUCCAAGAACAACUGGACAGAGGACAGGGAGGCGUGGGAGGUGGUCGUGCAGCGCACGGAUGAACUCGCCUCGGCCCUGGAGAACUAUGGUCCCGAGGUGGACAGCAUUGGGCCCAAGUGGAAGGGCAAGGUCAGGAGCGCGGUGCGCAGUGUCAUGGGACGCGGCAAGGAGAAUUGGGAGGAUACCGAAGGCUGGCAGACGCUCCAGGGCAUCAUGGAUGGAUUGAAAGCGUAA